AUGGAGAUCUUUGGCUUUGUGAACAGAUAUUGGCAGCACUCGAACAUUUUGAAUUCUCAUCCGAAGAACUAUGGACGUCGUUCCCGCACUUGCCAAGCAUGUGGAAAUCCUCAUGGGUUGAUUCGAAAGUACGGCAUGACAUUCUUCCACAGUAACGCCAAGAAGAUUGGCUUUGUCAAGUACCGCUGA